CACACACUCACACUCUCACUCCGGCUGAGAGACCAGAGUGCAGUCAGCAUGGAGACCAGGACUAAGAGAACAUGGAUGCUUGUGUAUGGCUUCAUGGAGCUCAUGUGCGUUGGAUCAAAUCCACUCUCGUCUCACCUGUUCACUCAGUCCGGAGUGGGUCUGGAAGCUGUGCUGCCAUGUGAAUGGGGUUCACACACAGAAGUGCCAUCUGCAACACCGUAUAUCCAGUGGCAGACUCUCAGAGACAUGGUGUAUGAGCGACUAGGCCCUUCACAGUUUCAGGCUGAGGCUUAUGAAAACCGUGCUGAUGUUCCUGAGGAUGUGCUGGCAAGGGGAAACUGCUCCCUGCAUUUGGCUGACAUCCGCUUUAGGGAUGCAGGAAUCUAUGAGUGUUAUCUGGUGGUUGGGAAAACAGGCAACAAGAGAAGGAUCUUCAUCCAGAGUGUGCAGCUCUCUGUUCUUGAUCAUAAGAGCACUCAGUCUGUGAAAAUGGGGGAAGAUCUGACCCUUGAGCUCUAUACACACCAGGCCAAGAUGGUGAUGUUCCAGAUGUCCAACGCCGCUGAGUGGAGACAGCUGUGGCAACGACAGGGAAACAGAGAAGAUCUCACCCCUCAGGUGGAGGAGAGAAAUGGGAAACUUGUUAUCAGGAACAUGAGUGCCGCCAAUGAAGGAAUGUACAAAGUGAUCGACAGUGAAGGACUUGCACUUAGCACUGUGAAGGUUUCUGUUAAAGAACCUCCUCAGCCCAGAAGCACAAUUGUGAUGGAGAAACAUAUGUUAUUAGAAAGCAGUGUUGGAGUGAACUCUCCCUCUCUUCCUCUCCCGUUUCUCCUCGCCAUGCUCCUAUAUCUCCUCUGACCCUGAAGCUCAUGAUGACGAUGUUGUACGAUGAGCCUCAGGUCGUCUCUCACUCAGAGUCCUGCAGUGACUCAGUAACCACAGGGUUAACGGUGCUCACUCAGUUCACGAGGGAGCAAGUGCACUAGAGUAACGCGCCCUAACCCCUUAUUUGCUCCAUGAGGUGUUGUGGUGUGAAACCUGCUAUAAUUUUAUAGUUGAUUUAUAUUGUACUCCAUUCCUACUUACAGUACUUAAUUUUGAGCUGAAUUGUGAGUAUUAGGAGCUGUUGAAACAUUAGUGUUGAGUUAAUAGCAUGAAUACUUAGAAUGGAAAUUCUGUUCAUGUGCUUAUUUGAAGGGUAUUUACCUCAAACAUGUCCAAAAGCAUCUCACAAGAUGGAAGAUUUCUCAAAGAUUUAUAUCUAAACUUGUGAGGUGAGGACAUUUUUAUGUCGUGGAAUUUGUUUUAUUAUCAGCACAUUUAUGAAGUAUGAAGUAUUCCAUUUCUAUUCAUGGAGAUGAAAUGAAACAAAAUCAGAAUGUAAGCGAAGAUGAAGACAUUCUUCAGAAUGAACAUAUAAUGUGUUUUUAAACAGAUACAAAUACAGAUAUGAGUCGGAGGACUCCAGUGUUGUAGUCGAGUCACUGAACCUCCAGUCUCGAGUCCCCAGUGUUCAAGUCCGAGUCAUUAAAGAAAAUUCCGAGUCGAGUUCGAGAACAAAACUCCAACUGCACCAUUUGAUGGUGGCUGUUGCUACCUUUAUGUGAAACUGUUUAUGGUGUGCACGUGAGAGUCUGCUUGGCGUGUGCACUGUCCGGAGUGCGCCCGAGAGUCUAUCUGAUGCACACGCCAAGGCGUGCAGGUGUGACACUCUUGCACAAAAUUUGUACAAAAAUUAAUGUAGAUAUAAAUAUCUUAUGCCAAAUUAUUAUGGCAUGUUAAAAAAAAAAUUAAGAAAAAAUCUGAGUCCUCGUCUCCAAUUUACGAGUCCAAAUGCAGUUAAUGUACGAGUCCGAGUCAUCAGUGUUCACGUCCAAGUCGAGUCACGAGUCCUUAAAAUUAGGGCACGAGUUCGACUCGAGUACUACAAGCCCGGAGAACUCAACAGAAAAGUCACUGAACAGCAGGUUUUUACUUUGGAAAAUAAAUAGCAAAAAAAAAAAAAACUCCUUACAGUUUAGGCCACACCCACUUUGGGUUUAAAUCCUAAUACAGAUUAUUAUUAUUAUUAUUAUUAUUAUUAUUAUUAUUAUUAUAUUCAGUUGCUAAUUACGAAUUGUAAAAUCAUUAUAAUUAGAGAAGUGAAAUUGUCCCAGAAUAUUCCUCCACAUUAGUUUUGAAUCCAAAAGGAAGUAGAAAUGAGUCACAGGUGUAAAAGGUGAGUUGAUGGUGAAGACUUACUGAAUCCUUCAUACAGGGCAUCUUUAUAAAUGUGCUGUUCAAAAAGAACUAAUCAUUUUGAUGUAAACACUCUUCAAAUAAAGUGUGAGUGAAAUUCCUGUGUGUAUCUUCAUCAUUCAUUAUUAAUGUUUAAAUAAAUCCUGAUCUGCCUUCCUGCAUUUUCUGUUUAAAAUGCACUAAGCACUUUAUUUUUUUCUUAGAAACAUAAAUCAGUGAAUUUACUAUAU